AUGGAUCUCCACAGCUCUGCCGGGUUUCAAGCUCCAGGCUGGUCAAGAUCCAUGAAGAUUUUUAUAUUCCUCCGCACGGGUAUUUCGAUUUCGGCGAGCGAUUCGGGUUUCCUCGACAAAGGAAAGGGCAUUAAGGGCCUGGCGAAGGCUCUCAGUUCUGGAUUCGCAUAUUCCAGUUUUGUCAGGUUGUUCCGAUUUCCGAGCAAUGACAGUGUAACAUAUAUUCAAAAGUUCUCAGACAGCAAAGUCACAUUCACCAAACAGGAAAGGCUUGAUACGGUAGACAACGGUCCUAUGUAUAUGGCUAAGAAGCUCGUCCACGCUCAGGGGGGAGAGAAAGAGGGACUCACUGGCAGAGACGUUUCAUUGACGGCAGUGGCGAACGUCGGAGCCGGAAGCGAUACGACGGGUCUCAGUCUUAGCUCAGUGGUCUUCUACAUCUAUCAGAAUCCUCGCUGUCUGCAAAAGAUACGGGAGGAGAUAGAGAAUACUGGGCUCGGUUCCAAGAGUGAGAUCACCUUCCGGGAAGUGCAGAAAUUGCCGUAUCUGCAAGCAGCGAUUAAAGAGGCGCUCCUACCCAAAGGUGGAGCUGUGAUUUGCGAGAUAUUCUUGCCUGAGGGUGCCAACUUCGGUGUAAAUAGCUGGGUCUAUCAGCGCAAUAAAACCGUCUAUGGACUUGGUGCGGACGUUUAUCGGCCAGAGCGCUGGCUUGAGGCUGACGGCGAGAAAGCAACGUGCAUGGAACAGUGCUUUAUGCCCUUUGGUGUAGGUUCUCAGACGUGCAUUGGGAAGAACAUAUACCUUCUGGAGAUAAACAAACUGAUUCCAAUGCUUGUGCGAGACUUUUGA